GCAGAUACAUUUCCAGCCGUUCAGCAGUGCCGCAAAAGGAAAACCAAGCGAGCUCUUGACAAACGGUCGACUGGCACGCGGACUGCGCAGCAAUUUAUACGUCUGUCAAUGCGGUUCGAUGAUGGCGACAAAUUUCCAGCCAGCAAACGCAAAAAGCAAAAAAACAACAGACGCUCUGGACGCUUUCGUUUAUCUGUAUCUUUUCGGCUGUAUCUUUUGGCUGUAUCUGCAUCUCUUAUCGUGCGACUAAUUGUUUUCAGUCUGCUGUCAUGUCGCCUGCUUAUUAGUUUUGUCGCUUUUCAUAAUUAAACCGAAAAUGAUGGCAGCCACUAUCUUGGUUUGGCGGGGAUUUCUUUAUCGAAUCCGCACUCGUUUUUGCUCUAAUUAACUCAGCCGAACAAGCAUCUGCGGAAAUGUGGCCCACUAGCCUUGACAGACAAAUAAGUUGUUAUCUUUACUGCUGCUUUUGGCGACUGCUUUGUGCCCUGUUAAAUAAUAAUUGGCAAGAAAGCGUUAAGGAAUUUAAAACGCAGAAUGACUGAGCUGAAAUCAUUUUUUUUUGCAGUUUGACAGCUACAAUUUGUGCGAAUCAAGAAAAAAAUAAACUAAAAACAGGCACAAAGAAGGGGAAAGUUAAGAGACAACAUCGAAAAGCUCAUCGGCAAACGGUUAUAAUAGAUGGUUCUGCUCAUCAGAAAGACUUUCGUUUGAUCCCAUUAUUGGUAAUUACAAAAAUAGUUUAUGGUUUGGUCAAAUAUUUCAUUUAUCACAAGUGAUAAUUGUGCUCUACUAUAAACUGACGAUAUCAAUCCUAUAUCCGCUGCUAUAUUCAGAGAAAACAAUUAAGGCCAGUCCGAAAUUAUGAACAACCGGUUGGCCCAUUUGGAUCUGGAGGCACUCUUUGGGAUUCCCCUGAUGUGUCCAGUGGCAGAGUGCGAGUCGGAGAUGUCGCCGCUCGAGAUGCUGACCCAUCUGCUUAUGCACCACAAGCCGCAGGAUUCGAUGACCGAGAUUGGAGCCGAGUUGCCGUUGCAGUUUGAGGUCGAGCUGGAUAAGCUGACGCCGGGAAGGAACCAUGUGGUGGGCGUGAUUGCCUACGGGGGAUCCCCCAAGACGGGACUCAGCCGUGCGGUUACUCCAGAGCUGCAGAUUGUCCACAAUUUGCCCAUCAUCCUCAUGUUAUAUGUGAGUCUGCCUGUGCUCAAUAUGGGUCAGGUCUAUAUCUUCUAUCUGGUGAGUCCGGUGGCCUCCAGGCGUGUGAAUGCCGACAUUUCACUUCUGGAUGGAUCACAUGGCCACGAGACGCGUAGAUUUCGCUUCUUGCGGAAUUCCCUGGACACUCCUCUGAACGACAACGAUGAGAUGCUCUACUGCAACAUGAACUUCCUCAUGUACACGGCCAUCGAUAUCCGGACACUGUGCCUGACUGGCUCGCCGAUGAGGAUCUUCGUGAAGAUCAUCCUCCACGGCGAACCCGACCUCUUCGAUGUGGCUGCCCAGCAAAAGGUGGCCGACUAAGUGACUCACGUGGCCCAUUGCGAUAAACACUUAAGUGCUGCGCCGCCAAUUGACGCACACUUGAAAUUCGAGUGGCUGUCAAUAAUAUUCUUUCCUCAAAGAAAUGUCCGAAAAUUUGUCUUCCCCCCAUUCAUUCAAUAAUUUUGUUUUGGCUCGCGUGAAACUGGGUCACACCGAUAGAUAUUCGGUGUUGUGAAGACAUCAAUCAUCAGGGCCAAAUAAUUAGUUAGCCACAGGCCUCUUAUUGUGGGAAAUACUAGAAUGAUUUCUUCUAAACGUGAAGAAUGGGAUUUUUAAUUAUGUGUUAAAUGUGGCUCUGGUCUUUUUGAAAACAAAAUUUAAGUUUCUCUGUAGCUCUUUUCCUUGCGUUUUAUACAUUGACCCACUUUGUUGCAGUGGGAUAAAAUUUAAUUUUAAUAAUUCCAUGCAACGACAUUCAGUGCAAUUACAUGCUAUAUUUAUUUUGUAAAUUAUUUGGUCAAUGUCAGAAAUUUGUCAUUACUGUCAUUAACUGCAAAGAUCUAGUUAUGCUAAAGCUAAAAAGUAAUUUAUGCCUCUAUUAUGCAGACUUGUUUAAAACAAAGGUAUCCUUUUUUUUGCCACAAUUAUAAUUUGCUCACACCAAAUGCCGAAAUUAACGCCUGUGGGUCUGGCGAUUAAUCUCAUAAAUUAGCCUAAACUAUACGGGCAUCAAAGAGACGCAAACAAAAAACAUAAAUACAUACAUAUACAAAGAUACGAUGCUAUUUAUACGAAACUUAAAUUUGCAAACAUAAACGAACUAAAUUUAUAGCCCAUUAGAUACAACAACAGCAAAGCAAUCUUUCGGGGAAAAAAGUAAAACAAAAAACAAAGAAAGCUAAUCCAAUAAAGUAGCUUUUCCCCUCAACACCCACUGCCAAAGACACAAGCAUGUGUAAAAAACUAUGAUAUUUUUUGUUGGAACUGACCUUGAAAAACUAUCCAAAUGGCAGGGGUAAAAACAUUUUACGUAUAAAAGAGGGAGAAAAGACGCAAUCAGGGAACUCAUUCAUCACUUUCUACGACUACUUGAGUGUGCAACUCGUUUUGCAUUUGUCAUUUGGCUUUGCCGCUGCGUUGAUUGCAUGACAUGAGCACAUCAGACAGGGAUUGGGUUUGGGUUUGGUUCGUACCCGUUCCCGUACUUGCACUCGUAAUUAUUUAUAUUAAUCUGGCCCGCGAUCCCAGGUGAAAGCGAAACGCAGGCUCUGCCCCAAGCCCGUUGCACAAUCGAUGGCGGUAAUAUUUCUUCUUCAGCUGAUUGCGGGAUAUAUGCGCAUACAAACGUGAAUUUCUGUACAUUUUUCCUACCAUGACCACAUGUCGUCAUUUAUCGUUUAUGGCCAGAUAGGCAACCGAAUCCCGCCAGCGCCUUUUUUCGAUUUUUACUAUAUUUUUUUACAGUCCGAAUUGGUGCUGGUUGAAAAAUUGCCAUGGGUAUUGAUUUGUGGAAACCAAAAAAUACAGAGGCAGGAAAAUGAGAUUUUGGCAUGGAGAAAGUUACAAAAAUUAAGCCAUUUUCCGAGAAAAAAAAUUAAUAAGGAAAAUAAAGAUUAAGAAAUAAUGUAAUUAUUAAAAUGACUUAAAAUGUUUUCAUUACCUUAAAAUUGUAUGUUAAUUUCUAUUAUUUCGUUCAAAAACUUUUGAAAACAUUUUCCAAACACUGAAGUUAAUUUAUUUUGGCGGCGAAAAAAAGACGAUUUCCAAAAUUCUAGCUAAUAUUAUGAGUGUACAAGAGAAAAGGCGCGAAACAAAGUAAAUCAUUAAGUCAACUAUCAUGGGAACGAUCUAAGUCCAUUCACAUGGCUGCCCAAUAAUCAAUUCCCAAUGCUGUUGAACUGUCAUAUGGGUGUGGUUUUAUUUCUUCUGUCUUAUCCACUUGGGAAUCUUCCUUUAAUUUUAAUUCCUUUUCUCACAUUCAAAUUUCACGGUCAACUGCGACCAACUUGAACUUCGGAAAAAAAUCUGUUUACGAAUUAAAAAAAUGCAAAAAUGUAUUAAAUAAAUAAA